AUGAAACACUACCAAACCUGGGAAAAACACGCUGUGGACUUCGGCCUGAAGGCACCAACGCUGGAGAAACUCGUCGUGAAGGUGGCCGCCGUGUGCUCCAAGCUCCUGCACGACUGUUUCGUGUCUCUUCCCCGCAUGACGACGCUUCGCUCCAAGUGCAAGGUGUUCACCCACUACCCGUGA